AUGGGCCGCUUAAUCAAGAAUCACUGGGCACGUUUAAUCAUCCUCUCCGCUGCCGGAUGGCAAGUCGGUGCAUCGAUUGAAGGAUUCAUCUGGCCCAAAGUAUUUUGGGACUUUCUCACUCACAACCUCGACGGAUCCGUCAAGCAAAUCCCCAUACUCCAAAUCAUCAACCUCGUUCUCGGCAUCGUCGCUCUCGCGUGGGAGUGGCCGUUGAAACCGCUAGCCGGCACUUUUCCACAUCAAAGCAUCGCUCUACGUCUGCUGGUGUACCCACUGAGCGCCCUCACAUGUGCGCUUAUGUAUCAGUCGGGGGAUGUCGCUGUGUAUUAUCUGAUUGGGAUGGCGGCUUAUUUCUGGGCGUACAGCGAAGGCGAGAUCGUCUGCGCGGUCCCAUGGACUCUUCCCCGAAAGUCAAAGAGAAUACAGCGAGUAUGA